CCAAAACAAGUAUGUGUACUCGACCAAAACUGACCCCUAUGCCCACCGUCCAUUUAACCGGAGUACUUGCGCAUUCCGGGCGGGACCCGCAACAGGGAGUUUCGAUUUAUAAAAGGUGGCUCCCAGCUGGUGCGGCGGGGUGGACUCGCCACGUCGGCUGAGGCAACGAGAAGCCGCCCGGCGUUGGUGGUGCCCGCGGCUGAGCUGGCUUUAUUGGCCUCCUCCAAAAAAAAAGUUGGAAAAAAAGAAACAUCGCCAUUUCUGCACGACCUUUUUUGUUUUCCCCACCUCUAUUCCCGGCGACGCGCUCACUGCUCCGGCGAAACGCCUUCGAUCUCCCCGUCGCGUCGCACGCUGGACGCGCUGGUCCCGCCUCCCGGUCCCCUAGUCGGCACUGGAACAUUCGUAGCUCCAGGGAUUUGGAUCGGAAGGCAGGAACCACGGCCGCCGGUGGCGGCGCCGGCGGAUGGCGCUCUUUAGGAGGCUCUUCUACCGGAAGCCGCCCGAUCGACUUCUGGAGAUCACCGAUAGGGUCUACGUGUUCGAUUGUUGUUUUUCUUCGGAAACGAUGGAAGAAGACGAUUACCACAAGUAUGUAGAGGAGAUCGUUUUCCAACUCCGCGAGCAUUUCCCCGACGCUUCCUUCCUGGUCAUCAAUUUCGAGGGCGAGGUGGAGAGCAACAUCUCCCACAUCUUGUCCCACUACGACAUCACCACCCGGAGCUACCCUCGCCAUUACGAAGGCUGCCCGGUUCUUCCCCUGGAGAUCAUCCACCACUUCCUGCGGUUGUGCGAGAGCUGGCUGCCCUUCGAACGGCAGCAAAAUGUGCUGAUGAUGCAUUGCGAGCGAGGCGGGUGGCCGAUUCUCGCCUUCAUGCUCGCCAGCCUCCUGCUUUACCGGCGGCAGUACAGUGGCGAACAGAGGACGCUGGAGAUGGUGUACAAGCAGGCGCCCAAGGAAUUGCUUCAACUAUUGUCUCCGUUGAACCCUCAGCCUUCCCAUAUCAGAUACCUGCAAUACAUUUCCAAGAUUGGUAGCGAUUCAUGGCCUCCUCAGGAUACUCCCUUCACCUUGGAUUGCUUGAUUCUGAGAGUCGUGCCCAAUUUUGAUGGACGAGGAGGUUGCAGGCCCAUCGUCCGUGUCUAUGGUCAGGAUCCUCUCUUCCCUGCCGACAGAAGUUCCAAGCUUCUUUUCUCCACGGCCAAGACAAGGAAGCAUGUUCGCCAUUAUAGACAGGCUGAAGAUGCACCAAUAAAGUUAAAUGUCCGCUGUUGUGUUCAAGGAGAUUUGGUCCUCGAAUGCAUCAACGUGGAUGAGUAUCUGGAAGAAGAGGUGAUAAUGUUCAGGGUGAUGUUCAACACGACCUUCGUUCAAUCUUAUAUUUUGAUGCUAACUCUUGAGGAUAUUGACAUCGCUUGGGAUGCUAAGGAGCGCUUUCCAAAGGACUUCAAUGCAGAGGUACUCUUUUCAGAGUUUGAAGCCGGUUCCGAUAGUUCCACCGAAAUGGGAGUUAUAGUUGAGGAUGAGAUGGAAGUUGGCUCGGCAGAAGAGUUCUUUGAGGCAGAAGAGAUCUUUAGUAGUCCUGAAUGGCACGAUGGGCAAAGGGAUCUUGAUAUGCAGUCAGCUAUUUUUUCAAACACAUUAGAGGCUUUAGUUCCUGACAGAAACCAGUUGGAAUCUUUUACUCCUGAACAAUUUAGUCUUUUGGACGAUGGGAUUAUUCUGCCUGGAGAGGGAUCUAUAGAAGGAAACAUGGAUAGAGCCUAUGCCAAACAAGGGAAAAUUCUCAUGGAUAAGUUGAUCCACAAAACAAACUCCAAAAAUUUCUCAUUUGAAGAGAAAAGGAGAUCAGAAAAGUCAAGAAAGAAUUCAGAAAGUUUUGAAUUAAGAAAGACUUGCGGGGAUGCGAAUGAAAACGAGAAAAUGGAACUACUUCUUGUCCAUAACAAACAAUCGCUGUCUUCUUCUUUAUCUGAUGACGAGAUUGGCAAGCAGGGAAGUAUGGGGAAUGCCAUUGAAUUUCUAAAAUCAAAGCCACACUUGUUCCAUUCCAACCAAAGCAGUGAUUCAAAUUUGGUACAUGAGCCAUCACAAUCUCACAUGCUGUCCAAAACUCGUGGAUUUUUUGAGAAGGAAGAUGCCGAAGAAGCUAUACGUGCAGUUACUGCUUCUACAGGCACCACUGUAACUUGUGGAUCUCAGCUAGUGCCAUCAUCAUCGCUUAAAACGAAGCAAGUUUCAGAGGCAAUGCAUACAUAUGGACGGCCUGCUAUUUCAGAUGCUUUGCCUCGCUCAUCCCCACCACCUCCUCCACUGCCACCACGGCCACCACCUCCACCUCCAUCACCAUCCUUAUCUCUUGCCAAAUCUAAUAUAUCUUCAACAAGUGAGAAGAUAGUUCCUUCCCCAACACUGCAGUUUACAAACUCUCGAACAUCAUCAUCUGUAUUCUCUACAUCUCCACAGAAUAUUGAAACAUUGGAAGCUUCUCCUCCCCCAGUUCCAGAUCCUCAGAUGCUAUGUAAUUCUAUUGCUCUGAUCGCGGCUUUAUCUUCACAAUUGUCUGAUCAACUUCGGUCUAUGAAAAUGGAUCCUCUAUUGCAAUCUUCAGCUUUAAAUUCAUUACCUUUGAAUUUAAAUCUACCUUCAGUAGGCUCAUCCUUCUCAUCCCAACCACAUACUUUUCAAUCUCUUAUUCCUUCACAUGCCCGACCCUCUUCUUCUAUUCAUUCUGCUGCAGCUCCCAUUUCUAAUGCAUUUUUGUCAGCACCAUCUCAUCCUUCUGAUUCUAAACUUACUAAACCUUCUUAUACAUCAUCAGUAGGUGGAAGAGGGUUAAGUAACAUUCCCAAGGCCUCUUCAUCUCCUCUGGGAGAGAGUGUUUAUCAUUCUCUACCUUUGAAUUUACCUGUAGAGAAGGAUACAUUUGAUAAAGAAUAUAUUGGACUUGUCAAUUCCUCAUCACAUCCAGGUGACCCAUCUCUACUUUCUCCUCCAACAAAUAUAGGAGUUAAAAUUUCACCUCCACCUCCACCUCCACCCCCACCUCCAUGGAUAAAAUAUACUAACAAGCAUAUUGCAGACACAUUACCAUCUUCUUGUGUUGAAGUUGACAAUGCAUCAUCACAUUUACCUCUGAUGCCACAGAUAGUGCAACCAUCCUCUUCCCCAAGAACACAUAAUGUGUGUUUAACAUCAUCUCCAUUAGGUUCUCCACCACCUCCGUCACCUCCACUUCCGAUGUCACCUUCUGAAAGUGUUCAGAGAACAUCUCUACCAAUUUUAUGUAGCAAGAUAGAUGAAGCUUCACAUUCAGUGCAAUCUAUUGGAGUAAUUGAAAAAGACCUAAGUCCACCUCCUCCUAUAAGUAAUUUGAAAGAAUCUCAACCAUCACCAACACCAACACCUCCUCCUCCUCUUCUUGGAUUUUGUGGGUUACCUUCAUCUUUGCCACCAGCAGUCCAAAGUUGUAAAACCCCACCUCCAUCAACUCUCCUUGGAAAUUAUGAGGAACCUUCAUCCUCCUCACCAUCCUCCCCUAAAAAUUCCACACAACCUCCAAUGUCAUUUCCACCACCACCACCUCCACCUCUGCCUGUUUCCCAUCAAGGACGUGUAGAACUAGCUGAUUCUCUUUUAUAUGGAGGAAAUGAUAAAGUUUUAUUUUCAAAACAAUCAGAAGCAUUUGGAAAAGCUUCUAGUCCACCACCUCCUCCUCCUUCUACAAAUUAUGUACAAGUUUCAGCAUCAUCAUCCUCACCACUAUUGCCAUUACCGUCGGUUACAAGUUGUGUAAAAAGUUCACCAUUAACUCCACCACCACCACCACCACCACCACCUCCUCCUCCUCCUCCUCCUCCUCCAACUGCUACUACGAUUUGUGUGCAAAAUUUGCCACCACAAUUGCCUUUACUUCCUCUUAUAAGUUGUGUACAAGAUUUACAGCUAGUGCCUACACCGCAGCUACUACCAUCUCCUUCUACAAAUUAUGUGCAAGGUCCACCACCACAGCCAUCGCCACAGCUUCCUCCAACAAGUAGUGAGCUAGGUCCCCAAUCAACAUCUGUCCCACCACCUCCCCCUCCAAAUUUUGCACAAGAUUUGCCGUCACAGACCCCACCAUUGCCGCCACCACUACCACCUAUAAGUUGUGUGCAAAGUUUACUAGUACCUCCAUCGCCACCUCCGCCACCAAUGCCGCCGCCACCUCCUACAAAUUGUGUGCAAUAUUCACCACCACCACCAUAUAAUUGUUGUGAGCAAGCUCAACCACUAUUUCUAUUUUCAAAUACACCUCUAGCACCUCCACCUCCACCUCCACCUCUUAUGUAUGGAGGUUGUGCUCAAUCUUAUCCUCCACCUCCUCUAUUAGAAGGUUGUGUUCAACCUCCCCCUCCCCCUCCACCAAGAAGCUAUGAAGGAUCUUCUCUACUCAUUGAUAGUUCUGGGGAAACUCCAGCUCUAGUUUCAUCUCUUGGAGGAUUAGAGCAAGUCUCACUUCCCCCAUCAACCACAAGUGAUCUUGGGCAUGUUGCACCUCUACUACCACUUCCUAAAAGUUCUCAACAAGCCCCACCAUCAUCACCUCCUAAAGAAUUUGGGUGCCCUCCUACACCACCACCACCACCUCCUCCUAAAGAAUUUGGGUGCCCUCCUACACCACCACCACCACCUCCUCCUAAAGAAUUUGGGUGCCCUCCUACACCACCACCACCUCCUCUUAAAGAAUUUGGGUGUCCUCCUACACCACCACCUCGUCCUGGAUGUUUUGGGCAAGUUGCACCACCACCACCACCACCACCACCACCUCCACCACACUCAAUAGAUUUUGAGGGCUCUCGUGCUCCGCCACCACCAUUCGGAGGUUCAGAAGCUCCUCCUUUACUGCCGCUGCCGCCCCCUGGAAAUUUUGGAGGAGCUCCCCCUCCCCCUCCCCCUUCACCCAUUGGAGAUUUUGGAGGAGCUCCUCCUCCACCACCACCACCACCACCUGUUGGUUUUGGCGGAGACCCACCUCCUCCUCCACCCAUUGGAGGUUUUGGAGGAGCUCCUCCUCCACCACCACCACCCGUUGGUUUUGGAGGAGCCCCACCUCCUCCUCCACCCAUUGGAUGUUUCGGAGGAGCUCCUACGCCACCACCACCACCUGGAGGUUUUGGAGGAGCUCCACCUCCUCCUCCACCCAUUGGAUGUUUCGGAGGAGCUCCUACGCCACCACCACCACCUGGAGGUUUUGGAGGAGCUCCACCUCCACCACCACCCAUUGGAUGCUUCGGAGGAGCUCCUACGCCACCACCACCACCUGGAGGUUUUGGAGGAGCUCCACCUCCUCCUCCACCCAUUGGAUGUUUCGGAGGAGCUCCUGCUCCACCACCACCACCCGGUGGUUUUGGACGAGCUCCACCUCCCCCACUACCAGGUGGGGCUCCACUUCCACCGCCUAUCCCUGGAGGUGGCCCUCCACCUCCACCAGGAGGCCCUGGGGCUCCACCACCUCCUCCAGGUUCACAAGGAAUGAGAGGUUCGGCACCAAAUCCCUUGGCGGGAGGAAGGGGACGCCCUAUGGGACCCGGUGCAGCAGCUCGAAAGUCACCAUUUAAGCCAUUGCAUUGGGUGAAAGUUACUAAAGCAAUGCAGGGUAGCUUAUGGGCUGAACUACAAAAGCAUGCUGACGCUCAAAGCACUUCUGGGUUUGAUGUAUCAGAACUUGAAACUCUUUUCUCUGCUGUUGCUCCGAAGCCAAAUGGAAAAUCUGAAGGAAAAAACAAAGCCGCUGCCAAGAGCGACAAAGUUCACUUGGUUGACCUAAGGCGAGCCAAUAAUACUGAAAUCAUGCUAACCAAAAUCAAGAUGCCAUUGCCCGAGAUGAUGAAUGCUGUUCUAGAAUUGAAUGAAUCACUUCUUGAUGGCGAUCAAGUAGAAAACUUAAUAAAGUUUUGUCCCACAAAGGAAGAAAUGGAGCUUCUUAAGGGUUACACCGGCAAUAUUGAAAGUCUUGGAAAAUGCGAACAGUUCUUUUUAGAGUUGAUGACAGUGCCACGAGUUGAAUCCAAGUUGAGAGUAUUCGCAUUCAAGAUUCAGUUCAAUGCACAGAUGACAGAUAUAAAGAAGAGUUUGAACACUGUUGAUUCUGCUUGUGACGAGGUUCGCAACUCCGAUAAGCUCAAGGAAAUCAUGAAAAAGAUUUUAUAUCUCGGAAACACACUAAACCAGGGAACUGCAAGAGGUAUACUUUCUUGUUUGUUUUUGAGGAUUUUAAUGUUAAUUUUUUUUCUCAUGGAUUGUUGUUAUCAAUGUUGUAUAGGAUCUGCAGUUGGUUUCAAAUUGGAUAGCCUUCUAAAGCUUACGGAUACUCGUGCAACUAAUAACAAGAUGACCUUGAUGCAUUACCUAUGUAAGGUCCUUGCUGAGAAGUUCCCACAACUUCUGGAUUUCCACGAAGCUUUUGUCAGCUUGGAAGCUGCAUCAAAGAUACCAUUGAAAUCGGUGGCAGAAGAACAGCAGCAGAUAGUUAAGGGGUUAGAAAAGGUUGAAGUGGAAUUAAAAGCUUCAGAAAACGAUGGCCCAGUAUCAGAAACUUUUUGCAAGACUUUGAAGGAGUUCACUUCGGUUGCUGCAGCACAAGUCGCAUCCUUGACAGCACUAAAUACUGCAGUUGCUAAAAAUGCUGAUUCACUUGCGCUAUAUUUCGGUGAAGACCCUACGCGCUGCCCGUUCGAACAAGUCGUCACUACUAUUCUGAAUUUUGUACGAUUGUUUCGGCGGGCACAUGAGGAGAACUGCAAGCAGGCUGAGCUCGAGAAGAAAAAAGCUGAGGACAAGUCAAAAGAGGCAAAGUGAAACACAGGAAAGAGACUCUGAAGCUGACAUAUCCACAUCCAGGCAUUGCUUUUUCAGCCCUGCCUACUGUUGUGUCCGAGAUGUACAUACACGAUUUGGCCAGCGAGCAAUCUGAGAUCUUUGCACGGUCAGAUGACUAAGAAAAUUGCAGACUGGACUCCACCUCCUGCACAACCCCUUAGUGGUAAACUGCUUUCAGUUCAUCUUGUUUAAGAGGGGCAGUAUUUUUGAAAUCCCCUUUGGGUUCACACUUUUUUCUGGGAAAUUUACACAUACAGUUUUGGGUAGGGAGAUAGGGUAGCCUCUCCUCGGUUCGCCCAACCGGUUGAAUUGACUAAUCCAGUCCGAUCUAUAAACCACUGAAGGCGACUUACUAAACUUCUUGGCUAAAACAGCCUCCAGGCCUAAAAUCCCACAUUGUGAAGAGCUAACCUGAAACGUCACAUGAUUUAUUAUGUACAGUUUAGCUUUAUGCCAUUGUAAUAUUUUUUUUUUAAAUUUUUCUAAUCAAAUAGUAGGUAGUAGAUAUGAGUGUAGAUAAAGAAGUGUUAAUUAUAUAUUGAGGGUGAAACAGGCCUAAGAUUCAGAAA